AUGUCAUUAAUAUAUAAUUUUGCCAUGUUCAUGCCAUAUAUCGGUAUUCUGAUAUUGAUUACAGCUAAUAUCCUUGGUGAAUACAUUCAAAGUCAAGAUAAACCAACAACAACAUUAAAAUCAACUGAACGACCAAAAGAACCUUGUCAAGGAGAUGAUUGUCAAGCGGCUCCAAACUUAGUUGCUAUUUUAGUUGGUUCUCUUUGUGGAAUUUUUGGAAUUGUUUUAAUCGGUAUUUUCAUAACAUACUUUUGUUUAAGACGAAAAUAUAAAAAAACUCAAAUAAAUCACUUGACACGACCAAUUAAUUUCAUUGAACAACCAUCACUUUAUACGGUUGCAAUAAGUACUAAUGAUAGUACAUCGAAACUCUAUGGAAUAUUGCCAUCAAAAAAUGAUUCAAUAUCUUCACAUUAUUAUGAACAAAUUCAUUAUAAUCAACGUUGA